AUGGCGCACGCCGACACCCAAUCCCCAGCCAGCAAAAAGCUCGAGUCGAGGCCCAAGAAAGAGAAGGAUUCUCCCACCGCCGAAGACGAGACCAAGCUCGAGAAGAAAGACAAGAAGAAGCGCAAGAAGUCUGCCUCCGAUGAGACUGCGCCCGAAGCAGACAGCGAAUUGAAGAAGAAAAAGAAGCGCCGUCACGCCGAAGAUGACGGUGAACAGAAGGACAAGGACUCCGAAUCGCACAAGAAGAAGAAAAAGCGUGUCUCAUUUGGACCGGGCACAAAGGAGAAUGACGGCGAUUCAGAGAGCGAUUCCGAUGCCCCGGAGACCAACGACCCUUCCGCCACCGACGGUGCCGAGGCAGACACCGAAGAUAAAGAGGCCGACAAGGCGCUCGAAGAGAUGAAAAAGCGCAAGCGCGAGAAGAAGAAGCAGCGAAAGACCGGAACUGCCUCGACUGAGGGACAAAUUCACGAGACGCCUAUCCUCUCCUACCUAAGCCACUACCACCGCGCACGCGAAACUUGGAAGUUCCAAAAGAACCGCGAAACCAACCUAUUCAAGCACCUGUACUCCCUGGAGCAUGUUCCUGCUCGCUACAACACUUCUCUGCUAGUCUACAUUCAGGGUCUGAAGGGCGAUGCUGCCAAGCAGCGAAUGAGCGAUGCCGCGAGGGAUGUGAUCAAGGCCGACAUGGACCUUGACAAGCCCAAGGAUGACGAAGCAGAAGAAACAACAAUUCCCGGCUACCUGGAAGCCGUCAAUGCCUUCCGCGAACGUCUGGUUGAAGGAAGUGAAGAUCUGGACAAACCCGAUGUCGAAGAAGAACUGAACGGAGAAGCCCAAAAACGCCUGCCAAAGAGACAGCGAGGAGAGCUGGUCUUCUUCGCUGUGUCCGGCAAGCUGUUUAGCGCCGAGGAUGCCAAGCCGAAGCGCAAACCCAAGGUCGUCGAGCCCCCGGCCAACAAGAAGCGCAAGAACAGAACCAUGGUCGUCGACAUCAGCAGCAGUGAGAGUGACAGUGACGAUGAUACCCCCGCUCCCAAGAAGACUGCUAGCAAGCCUGCACCUGAUAGCAGUGAUGAUGAGACUUCAUCGAGUGGCAGUAGCAGCAGCAGCGACAGUAGCAGCAGUGACAGCGAUGACUCUGACGCUGCCCCUGCUGCCCCUACCCCUGUGAAACAGCCCGCACCUGCACCCACACCUUCCGGCCCCAGCGAAACCACGCCAGCAAAGAAGAAUGUCAAGGCAAAGAGAGAGAAGUUCAUCCCUGAAAAGGUGGCCAAGGUACCAAAGAAGACCCAAAAGCGAAAGCUCAGAACUGCCCAGAUCGAGAUCUCUAGCAGCGAAAGUGAUAGCGACUAG